AUGGGUGUUUACGGUGGCCUAGGACCUAUGACCAAUGCCGUGCUUUGGGUUCAGGUUGUCGUAUUUGCUAUAUUUGUAGGGCUAAGGCUCUACACAAGGAAGUUUAUCUUGAACGCAGUCGGUGCUGACGACUAUCUAGCCGUUGUCUCACUGAUUCUCCAAAUUGUGUACACGGUUUUCGUGACCGUGGCAAGCACCUACGGCCUUGGACAGAAGCUUGCUGCUGUCGGGGACCCAGAUGUCUACUUUACAGCAGUUAAGUAUGAGCUGUUCAGUCAAGUGGCCGGACUUAUGGUCAUUGGGGUUGGAAAAGGAGCCGUGGGAGUGUUCCUCCUUCGCAUUGUUCGAAAUCACAUUCAGAUCUGGUUUAUCCGGGUCUGCCUUGCAAUCACUGCAUUUAUCACCUUGUUUGCUAGUGUGACCGUCAUUGUGCGAUGUACCCCGGUAGAGAGGAGCUGGAAUCCAACUGUUCCGGGAACGUGCUGGCUUGACUUUUCUAAGGUUGGCUACACUGUUGGCUCAUGGUUUGUCGCAGCUGACUUUUCCUUCGCCAUUCUCCCAUGGUUCGUUGUCUGGGAUCUCAACAUGAAACAAAAAGAGAAGAUCACCGUGGCAUUAGGUCUGAGUCUUGGAAUCUUCGCUGGAGUCUGUGGAAUAGUCCGAACUGUAGCUCUUUCUGGACUGAAUGCGUCUGAGUACAUAUAUGAUACUGUACCAAUGCUCAUCUGGUCUGCCACCGAGAGUACCGUGACGAUCAUGUGCUCAACGAUCCCCGUUCUUCGACCUCUAUACAUUCGCGUCAGAUACGGCAAGGAUGGCAAAGACAGCAGCAACCGUGGCAACAGUUCCUACAAGCUUCCCUUGUAUGGGAGUGGCCGGAAGUAUGGCAUACUUUCGAUUCCUGGCCCGGGUACAUCAGUUAUCGAGAAGAAGGGUGGCGCAUACCAAACUACCGUCAUGAAACACCAAAAAGGCAAUAACAGUGACGAAACCAUUCUUCGUGGGGCUGCUGGCAUUGAGAGGACGGACGAAAUCUCUGUCACAUAUGAGCCAUAUGGUAAAAAGUACUAG